ACUCGCACUUUGAAACUGAUGUGAUUUCUAUCAGUGGACAAACAGCUAACCUGAGUAGAAUCGUUUCUGCUGAUGGGAUUCAUCAAAUGAGCUUUUACUGAACUUAUGCAGGACUUUGUCAGGGUUUAUUUUUGACAUGAUUAAAUCCAACUAAUCAUUGUUGAGACUAGGGUGACCAGACGUCCCUGAAAAUCCGGGACAGUCCCUAAAUUCAGCCGCUUGUCCCGGAUCCCGAAUUUUGCUCUAAUUGUCCCGAAAUUAGCCAUACACCUGUUAUCACGGUCCAAAAACAUGACUGCCGGGCCGCUGCCUGGCCGUCUCGUCUCAGGCCUUCAUGUCUCAGGCCUUCUGCAGCCUGCGCAGUGGUCACUCGCGCAUGAAUUAUGACGUUUGUAUUAUAUUUUUUAUAGGCGCGAAAUGUAUGCUAUGCUAACACACAUUCAUUGUUAAAAUGGAGGUGAACAAUGCUCCGGAAAAAUCUGAUGAACCCCCAGCAAAGAAAAAACGUCUGUGCAAAUACCGAGAGGAAUGGACGAGGAAAUAUACAUGGGUAACGGCUGCAUUUGGGGAUGUAAAUAAGGCGUUCUGUAAAGUGUGCCGAAAAGACUUUAGUAUUUCUCACGGGGGAGAGUCAGACCUCAAGUCUCACGCUAGCGGCAAGCAGCAUGUAAAUAACACUAACGCUGUACAGACCAACACUUUGCUAUCAUCAUUCUUCAAGCCACAGGAUGACUCAGUGUACAGUAAGGUUGCUGCUGCAGAGUUAACUUCUGUAUUUCACUGCGUUUCUCAUCAGCAGUCAUACCGGUCCCUUGACUGCGCAAUGAAACUGACACCAAAACUGUACCAAGAUUCAGCCAUUGCCAAACUCAUAAGCUGUGGUCGCACCAAAGCAGAGGCCCUUGUCACCAAUGUACUGGCUCCUCUUGCAUCUGACUUCACCCAUAGCCUUGGCACAGAGCAGCUCUUUUUUUCUAUCGCUACUGAUGCUUCAAAUAAAGGCAAUGUGAAAACAUUUCCUCUCUCAGUGAGAUUUUGGACCCCAGAGCAAGGCAUUCAGAACAGAGUGCUGGAUUUCUAUGAACAGGCAGAGGAAAGUGCGGAUGCAAUCACUGACAUGUUGUUAAAAAAGUUAAAGGAAAACAACCUCCUCAUCCACAACGUAUCAGCUUUCUCCGCUGAUAAUGCGCCAGUAAAUUAUGGCAAGCGACACUCAGUUUACCAAAAUCUAAAGCAGAAAAACAGCAAGAUCAUCCCAGCAAACUGCCCAGCUCACAUCAUCCACAAUGCAGUUAAAAGGGCCUGCAAUGUGCUACAAGUCGAUGUUGAAAACAUAGUUCUUAAAUCAUUCAACCAUUUCAGCUGCUCCGCAAAAAGAGUUGCCAGUUUAAAAGAAAUGUUUGAAUUUGUUGAUAUGGAGUAUCUUACCUUGUUACGCCACGUCCCCACACGCUGGUUGAGCUUGCUCCCUGCAAUAAAUCGACUGGUGAGCAUCUGGCCUGCUGUGAAAAGUUAUUUUUUGUCGCUGGGCCAGGAGGAAUGCCCCCGUGCCAUUUGGGAUGCGCUCAAGGGGCACGAGCAUGGCGAACAAGAUGAUCCAAAUGAGCUUGAAAUCACGUUCUUCUUCCUUCAGAAUGUUCUCAAAAUAUUCUCCACAGCUGUCCUCAGUCUUGAAAGCAACAGUCUCACUUCAGUUGAGGUAUAUGGAGUGAUGAACGACCUCCGAGUCAAACUGCAGCAGCGCAAAAACGACGCUUUCUUUGGCACAAAAGUGGAUGAUAUUAUGGCUUCCUCUCCCAGCAAUAAAGUUGACCGGCUACGCCAAGAGUUUAGCUCUUUCUUACAAGUUGCUGUGGAUUACUUGGAGAAGUGGUUCGACUUUUCACAAACUGGAUAUCUCUACAAUGUACAGUGUUUAAAUAUCAAGGAACAAAGAGAGAUCAGAUACAGUAAACUUAAAGACGCAGUGUGCGCUCUUAACAUGGAAGAGCAUCUGGACUUGGAUGAGCUCUAUAACGAAAACUGCGCUCUGAAGAAUGUAUUGGCCCAUCUGGACACGAGCAGCAACUCAGUUGGCGAUCUUUGGGCCCAAGUACUGAAGACCCCGUCCACGUUUCCGCAGUUUACAAAAUUAUUGUCCUUCGUCCUCAGCGUUCCUGUGAGCAAUGCUUACUCAGAGCGGGUCUUCUCCAUCAUGAAAGGCGCUUGGACUGACGUGCGAAACAGGUGUUCAAUGGAGCUUGUCCGUGCAGAGAUAAAAAUUAAAAUGAAUCUGGCUAUGACCUGUGCAGAGUUCUACAAAUUCAUCCUGGAGAACAAGAAGGCCCUCUUUGCUGUGAAAUCAUCCGCGAAAUACAGCAACAGCACCGAGUCGUCACAAAAGCCUCCUUCGAGGCAAACAAAUGAAGACAACACCCGUGGCAGCAGAGAUAUGGGAGAAACGUCAUAAUCUAAUAAAAACCGUUGCCAAGAGAUUUUAGUUUAUGAAUUAAUUAGGCCUAUGCUAAGAGUUUAAAUGAAUUAAAAUUACCUUUUUUUGUUCUGUUUUUAAGCAGGCCUACAAUGAACUGUUUUCAGUUGGGCAACUUGUCAAAAUACAAUGCUUGUUGUUAAAUAAAACUAUAACUUCUAAAGAAAUAAAUGUGUAAAUGUCUUCGAAAUUAAUAAUAAUAAUAAUAAAAUUAAAAAAAGAAAAAA